UUUUUAGAAAAGGAGGAUGACCCCCGGCCUCUGCAUCUGGGAGAUGCAUGCGGCCACUUUAUUGAUUAUUCAACAAGGACACAAAGUGAACUAGUAAAAAGGAGCGGAGGGAGUAUUAUAUACUACUAACAAUAAAGACACAAAGUACUAGCUCCUCAUUCUUUUGUAAAUAAACAAACAGUCUACGACCUCCGCUCCUGGGUGCGAUGAACAACAAUAAUAGUAGAGUACAAGGCACUAGCGGCCAGGCGCACGAACAUGCGAUGCACUUUUCAAUGAAAAUCCCCAUCAUCCGACCUCCUCCUCCGGUGCCACCAUCCAUCCGAAGCUCACCUCCCCACUAGAGUAUCUCGCGCCCCGAUUAAUCCAUCCACACGGCCCAUACCCAUGCUACGAAUAAAUGCUACCGUCUCCUUUCUUUCUACGACGCCUGCCACCUUUGUAAACCCCAUCCCGGACGGAGGAUGGAUUAAUUGGAGCGCCGCGCGCCGCACCGCAGAGGAUGUAUUUAUCACGGAAGGGAACGCGUGCCUGCCUGCGUGCCUGCGACUGCGGCCACAAGAGGUCAAACCUGCUGCUGUUGCCGCAUCAGUGCCGUGCCGGUUCUAAUGCCUUUCUGUCCCGCGCGCCCCCAUUAACCCAUCCUCUCUCUUCUCUUCCCUCCUUACCCCGCUCCUCUCCUUCGUUUUUACAGUGGGUGGGUUCUUCUUGCUUUGCUCCUUGCUGCUGAUCGCGCAGGCUACUGUGGUAACAUUAUAAGGCGCCGUGCAGGGGGCCGCCCGCUCCGGUCCUGCCAGCGACCGCCUUGUCGGGUAACCAGCGCGUCGCCAGCCGCUUGCUCACAUGCUGGAGGUGCUGGAGAUGACGCCGCCGCCGCAGCAGCAGCCCCGGCGCCAGCCCAGAGGGGGCGGCGGCGGCGGCGGUGGGAGGAAGCAGCCGCUGCAGAGCAGCGUCGCGCAGCCCAAGGCGGAGCCGCCGCACCCGCCGCCGCCAGAGGGAGCCAAGAGGUGCGGCGGGAAGCGGCGCGGCGGCCGCGGGCGCGCCAGGCCCGCGGAGGAGCCGCGGCCGGCGCCGGGGCCCGUGGCGGCGGCGGCGGCGGCGGCCACGCGCGCCGUCAUUGGCCCGCCCGUGCCCGGCAAGGGGCUGUCCUUCUGCCGGCGGCCGGGGUUCGGGACCGUGGGCGCGCGCUGCGUCGUCAAGGCCAACCACUUCCUCGCCGAGAUUCCCGACAAGGACCUCACCCAGUACGACGUCAAGAUCACGCCGGAGGUGACCUCCCGGUGCGUGAACCGGGCCAUCAUCGCCGAGCUGGUGCGCCUCUACCGGGAGUCCGACCUCGGAAUGCGCCUCCCGGCCUACGACGGCCGCAAGAGCCUCUACACCGCGGGCGCCCUCCCGUUCGACGCGCGCGAGUUCGUCGUCCGCCUCACCGACCACGACAGCGGCACCGGCGUGCCCCCACGCGAGAGGGAGUACAGGGUCGCCAUCAAGUUCGCCGCGCGCGCCGACCUCCACCACCUCCGGCAGUUCAUCGCCGGCCGGCAGGCCGACGCGCCGCAGGAGGCCGUCCAGGUCCUCGACAUCGUCCUCCGGGAGCUCGCCAGCCAGAGGCACGUGGCGAUAGGGCGGUCGUUCUACUCGCCGGACAUAAGGAAGCCGCAGCGGCUCGGCGACGGCCUGCAGUCGUGGUGCGGCUUCUACCAGAGCCUCCGGCCGACACAGAUGGGCCUGUCGCUCAACAUCGAUAUGUCGUCCACCGCGUUCAUCGAGGCGCUGCCGGUGAUCGACUUCGUGGCCCAGAUACUAGGGAAGGAUGUCAUGUCAAGGCCAUUGUCGGAUGCAAACAGAAUUAAGAUCAAGAAAGCGUUGCGGGGCGUCAAAGUCGAGGUUACUCACCGGGAAAAUGUGAGGCGGAAGUACCGCAUUUCGGGGGUGACUGCACAGCCAACUCAUGAACUCAUUUUCCCAAUUGACGAUCAAAUGAAUAUGAAGUCUGUCGUGGAGUAUUUCAAGGAAAUGUAUGGGUUUACCAUUCAGCAAUCACAUCUUCCUUGCCUUAUGGUUGGAAACCAAAAGAAGGCAAACUAUCUACCAAUGGAGGCCUGCAAGAUUGUUGAGGGUCAGAGAUACACAAAGAGGUUGAACGAAAAGCAGAUCACAUCACUGCUAAAGGUUACAUGCCAAAGGCCUAGAGAAAAGGAAAUGGAUAUUCUACAGACAGUUCAUCAAAACGGAUAUGACCAAGAUCCUUACGCAAAGGAAUUUGGGAUCAACAUAAGUGAGAAGCUAACAUCCGUUGAAGCGCGGGUCCUUCCUGCACCUUGGCUGAAAUAUCAUGAUGCUGGAAAGGAAAAGGAGUGCCUGCCACAGGUUGGUCAAUGGAACAUGGUGAACAAGAAAGUGAUCAAUGGGGGCAAGGUAAGUCACUGGGCUUGUAUAAACUUCUCAAGGAGUGUUCAAGAAACCACUGCACGCGGAUUCUGCCAAGAGUUGGCACAAAUGUGUCAAAUUUCGGGCAUGGAAUUCAACAGUGAACCUGUGCUUCCAAUAUAUUCAGCUAGACCAGAUCAAGUAGCGAAGGCACUAAAGCAUGUGUAUAAUGUUGCACUACACAAACUCAAGGGUAAAGAACUUGAACUUCUUUUGGCCAUCCUCCCAGACAAUAAUGGAGCUUUAUAUGGUGACAUCAAGCGUAUCUGCGAAACCGAUUUGGGCUUGAUAUCGCAAUGUUGCUUAACGAAACAUGUUUUUAAGAUCAGCAAGCAAUAUUUGGCAAAUGUCUCACUAAAAAUCAAUGUUAAGAUGGGAGGAAGAAACACCGUGCUCGUGGAUGCGCUAAGUUGGAGGAUUCCGUUGGUCAGUGACAUACCAACUAUUAUAUUUGGUGCAGAUGUAACACAUCCUGAAACUGGGGAGGACUCUAGUCCAUCCAUUGCUGCAGUUGUGGCUUCUCAAGACUGGCCGGAAGUUACAAAAUAUGCUGGAUUGGUGUGUGCACAGGCACACCGACAAGAGCUCAUUCAGGACCUUUACAAAACAUGGCAUGAUCCUCAGAGAGGCACCGUAACAGGAGGCAUGGUCAGGGAACUCUUAAUAUCAUUCAGGAAGGCCACGGGACAGAAACCAUUGAGGAUAAUUUUCUAUCGGGAUGGCGUUAGUGAAGGCCAAUUCUACCAAGUUCUCCUUUAUGAGUUGGAUGCUAUCCGUAAGGCUUGUGCGUCCCUAGAACCAAAUUACCAACCUCCUGUAACGUUUGUGGUGGUUCAAAAGCGUCACCAUACAAGACUGUUUGCAAACAAUCACAAAGACAGAAGUAGCAUGGACAAAAGUGGAAAUAUUUUACCUGGAACUGUUGUUGAUUCGAAGAUAUGCCACCCAACGGAGUUUGAUUUCUACCUCUGUAGUCACGCUGGAAUCCAGGGAACAAGUAGGCCAGCUCACUACCAUGUCCUCUGGGAUGAGAACAACUUCUCGGCAGACGAAAUGCAGACGUUGACAAACAACCUUUGCUACACUUACGCACGGUGCACGCGCUCCGUUUCCGUCGUCCCACCUGCGUAUUACGCGCAUCUGGCUGCGUUCCGGGCGCGGUUCUACAUGGAGCCGGAGCUGUCGGAGAACCACACGUCGAAGAGCUCCAGUGGGACGAAUGGUACCUCGGUGAAGCCUUUGCCCGCUGUGAAAGAGAAGGUGAAGAGGGUGAUGUUCUACUGUUGACAGAGGGACUAGUUUUAACUACUCACAGUUAUGUGCCUAACACUGUAGAAUUUAGCACUAGAGGGUUAGGUUAGCUUUCUCCCGGAAAGGAAGAGAAGAGAAGAUCAUUUCUGCAUUUUGGACCCCUGAACAAUCUCUCGACUACCUCUGUAAAGUAUUCAGAAAGCAUGUAUAAUAGUAGUUCUUGCUUGGGUCA